CAUCAAAAGAAGUGUACUCAAAGUACAAAAGAGCCCACCAGAAAAAAAUACAGAGAAUAAAGAAAAAGGGCAACAAUAGGAGAAGGACAAAUAAAGGGUAAAAAAGUCAAAUUGGGUAGAAGACGUUUGAUAUCCAAGAUUUCUGUGCAAUUUUGCUUUUCCUUUCUGCACCCGACUCUUCGCUGCUUCAAAAUUCAAACCGGAGGAAAAAAACCCAAAGAGAAAAAAAAAUGGAGUUAAAUGGUGAGAUUGAGAGUUCACUGAGCAGAACAAACGAUGCUGCUGCUGAAAAAGAUCCGCGCGUGGGUUUGAUAUAUGAUGCCAGGAUGUGUGGACACCACGCGCUUGACGACGACGACCACCCGGAAUCCCCUGCUCGCAUUCGGGUCAUCUGGGAAAUUCUGAAUUCUUCUGGGAUUGCAAAUAGAUGUGUUAUUUUGGAUGCCAAGGACGCUGAGGAUAAUCAAUUAGCUUUGGUUCACACCAAAAAUCAUAUUAAUUUGAUCAAGAAUAUUAGCUCCGGAAACUCCGACUCUAAGUUGAUAAGAAUUGCUGCACAAUAUAACUCUGUAUAUUUCAACCAAGGCUCAUCAGAAGCCGCUUAUCUUGCUGCCGGCUCGGUUAUAGAGGUUGCAGAGAAAGUUGCUAAAGGGGAACUGGAUUCUGGAUUUGCUAUCGUCAGGCCGCCUGGACAUCAUGCAGAAGAAUCCAGACCGAUGGGAUUUUGCCUGUACAGCAAUGUUGCUGUUGCUACACGAUUUCUACUGAAUGAAAGAAGCGAGUUGGGGAUCGGCAAAAUCCUGAUUGUUGAUUGGGACGUACAUCACGGAAACGGUACUCAAAAUACGUUCUACAACGACCCUCGAGUACUUUUCUUCUCAGUGCAUAGGUAUAAUAACGGCGAUUUCUAUCCGGGUGGUAAUGGUGGGUCCCACAUCAUGACCGGAAAAGGAGAAGGCGCCGGCUACAAUAUUAAUGUACCUUGGGAGAAUGGUGGGUGCCGAGAUGCCGACUACCUUGCUGUUUGGGACCACGUAUUAAUCCCCGUUGCCAAACAAUUCAAUCCCGACUUGAUUUUUAUCUCUGCUGGAUUCGAUGCAGCCGUAGGUGAUCCUCUAGGGGGCUGUUCUGUUACCCCGUACGGUUACUCAGUCAUGCUUGACAAGUUGAUGGGGUUUGCGGGAGGAAAGAUUGUUAUGGCACUCGAAGGUGGAUACGAUCUCAAUUCAUUAGCAAAAUCAGCUAAGGCAUGUGUCGAAGUAUUGCUACAUGACAAGCCUGUAAUUCGGUCCUUGAAUGUAUAUCCUUUUGAAUCUACGUGGCGGGUGAUACAAAUGGUACGUAAAGAAUUGAGUAAGUAUUGGCCGAUACUUGCUGCGGAAUUACCAGAACAGUUGAUUAGUCAGGCAUCGCCGUUUGUGGUUUCAAGCUCUGAUUCUGAAGGUGAGCACGAGAACGAUUCUAUCAACGAAUCCGAAGAAGUUCAAACAAUUGAAGACAUUAUACAACCUUUCACUAACCUCAAAGUCACCGGAGAUUGUCAAGAUUCAACUACCGCUUCACCGUCAUGGAGAUCAGAGCUUUCGAAAAUUUACGUAUGGUACGCAACUUAUGGAUCGAACAUGAACCUAUCGAGAUUCCGUUGCUAUAUUGAAUAUUUAAAAUUCAGGUGCACCGUUUCGGAUGUAGAUAGUUUCGUAUCGGGUAAAUAUCGGGUGAAUCCACCAUGUAAAGAGUAUGCUAACACCUUGGUUAAAGGGCUUGUGCAAGGAAAGCAACUCUCCGAAGAGGAAGCCUCGGCUUACAUCAAGGAAGCAUCCACCAAACCUUUAUGAUUUUCAUUUAUAAUUAUCGACUAAUGAAUUAUUUAAUUUAAUCUGCGAAAAGCUCGGUGCAGUUAUUGAUUUUGUUGUAAAUUUUUUAUUUAUUAGCAAAUUGUUGGAAAUACAAUUAGUAUAUCGUAUCAUAUUAGAUAGCUAUUGAUUUUGGCUUAGGGGCCACUCUUUUGCUGUUGCUAAUUUAACAGCAACUUGGUGUGUAUAGUAUUGCUGACUGUGACUUUUUGGUUCGUAUAUCAUGGUUGUUAAAUUAAUACAGUUGGGAUUUACAAAAUUUUAUUAA